AUGAGGCAAAUUUUCGGCACUACACUUUUUGUGCUCUUCGUAAAUUUAUACAUACACCAGAAUAAUGUUGUGAGCAACGAAAUUGUUAAUUUUAAAAAUACCAACUUGAGGAACGGCUGGACAGGUAAAGACAUCACUCUGCAGGGUGAAGAAGACGGAGAUAAGGAAACGGAAGGACAGGAAAACAAUCCAGUGCAAGAAACAUCUAAUGCUGAAAAACAGAAGCAAAUUAAAAAAGCUAACGAAGCAAAAGAAAAAGCUCUCAAGGAUCAAAAAGAAACAGAAGAUGAAGUGAAAAAAGUACUAGAAGCACUAGAUAAAGUAAAAGAAACAGAAGAAGAAAUUAAGAAAGCAGUGCAGAAAUUAAAAGAAGUAGCAGAAGGAGCGAAGGAAAAAGUGAAAACAGAGGCAAACAAAGCAAAAGAGAGAGCAGAGGAAGCAUCAAAGGUAGCAACAUCAUCUACUAUGGCAUAUUUUCACGCAAGUAUUGCUGAAAAGGCAAAAAAUGAGGUGACAGUAGAAAAAGAAAGGGCUAAAAAGGUAGCCGAAAUAGCACAGCAUGUUGUAAAAGCAUAUGAAGCGAAAAAGGAGGCAGAGGAGGCACAGAAAGAAACAGACGAUGAAGUGAAAAAAGUAGUAGAUGCAGCAGAAAAAGUAAAAGGAGAAAAAGGAGAAAAAAAAGAAAAAGAAAAAGAAGAAAUAGAGAAUGCAUUGAACGAAUUAAAAAAAGUAGCAGAAACAGCGAAGGAAAAAGCAAAAGAAGAAGCAGAAAAAGCAAAGAAAGCAGCAACAGACGAGGCAAAAAAAGCACAAGAAGAAGCAAAGAAAGCAGAAACAGACGGGGCAGAAAAAGCACAAGAAGAAGCAAAAGAUGCGGGUACAUCUACUGUGGCUGGUGUCUACGCAAAUAAGGCUGAAGAGGCAAAAGAUGUUGUGAAGAAAGCAAGUGAAAAGGCUAAAAAGGUAGCCGAAAUAGCACAGCAUGUUGUAAAAGCAUAUGAAGCGAAAAAGGAGGUAGAAGAAGCACAAGAAAAAGCAGAAAAGGCUAAGAAAAUAACACAAUGGAUUAAGAAUGCAGUUACUCCGAAUAAUGCAGCAACAAAUUCUGUGGGAAAACCUGAAGACCAAAAAACAGAAGAAGAAACGGAAAGGUGGAAAACAGCUAAGAGUGUAAUACAAGCACUUGAAAAGAUAAAGGUAGCACUGGAAAUUAUAGAAAAAAAUAAAUAUGAAGCAACUAAAGCAACUGAAGCUGCAAUAAAAACUGCAAUUGAAGCUGCAGCGGAAGCUAAAGAUAAUGCUGAAGAAGAGAAUGCAAUAAUAGACCAAACAAAGGUAACUAAUAUAGAAAAACAUGCUAAGGAAGCAAUAAAAGCAGCGGAGGAAGCCAAGAAAUCAAGUGCGGAAGCACAAAUACAAGCAGGAAUAGCAAGAAUUCAAUUCUUAUUAAAGGAAGCAAAAAUAGCAGCAGAGGAAGCUGCAUUAGCAAAAAAAAAGACGGAUGAAUUAGCAAGAAUGGCAACAUCAGCCAAUGUGCCUAAAAACACAGCAACAGAAAAGGCAACUGAAGCAAAUACGAAGGCACAAGAAAUAGAAGCUUUAUUAAAAGAAAUAGAAAACAUAGAAAAAGAAAAUAAACCAUUAGAAAAACUAGGGGAAGCUAAAGAAAAAGUGCAGGAAGCAAAGAAGGCAAGAGGAGUAGCGAAAAAAGCAAAAGAAGAAGCAGAAAUAGCUGUAUCAGUUGCACGAGUGCAUGUAGCGAAACAGGAAGCAACCAGGUUAGUGCAGGUAGCUCAUGAUGAAAAAAAGAAAGCAAAAGAGGCUGUACAAACAGCGGAAAAUGCAAAAGAGGUAGCAGAAAAUGCAAAAAAGGCAACAGAGAAAGUAUCUGAAAAAGUAGAAAAUGUACCCGAAAUAGUGGAGGCUGUAGAAUCUGCAACAGAAGAAAUAAAAAAUGCGGAAGCACAAGAAAAAAAAGCUGAAAUGGAAGCAAUCGAUGCAGCACAGGAAGCAGACACAUUAGAAUAUCAAUUAUUAAUGGUAACAGAAGCAGCCAAUAAAGUAAAAGGAGCAGAAGGAAAUAAUAUAACAACUAUAUUCAAAGAAGCACAAGAUAAAGCAUUAGAAGCGGUGAAACAAGCAGACCAUAGAGCACUGGAAACAUUAAAUAUAACGAAGAGAGCAAUAGAGGCUUCUAAAGAAGCACAGAAAGCAGCAGAAAUAGCAAAAGCACAAGCUGCAAAAGCAGAAGCAUAUAAAGCAAUAGAAGAUGUAAAAAAAGGGAAACAAAAAAUAAAAGAAUUAGCAAUAAAAGUAAAGGAUCCUGAAGUAUCAGAAGAAGGAAAACAGGCAACUCAAGCGAUAGAGAACGCAGCAAAAGCUGGAGUAGAGAAAGUAACAAUUGAAGCAAAAAAAGCAAAUGAUGCAGCAGGUAAUGCAAAAAAAGCAAGUACGCUGGAAGAAGCCAAAGCAGAAGCAAUGAAAGCAAUAGACGCUUCUAAAAAAGCAAAAAAAGGAGCAAGCAUAUACAUAGAUAAAACAGAAUUCGAAUACCUGAAACUGAUAAAGCAAGACGUAUUAGAACCAUUGGACACAUCUGAUGAUGGAAGUGAUGACGUAGUGGAUAAAAAUGAAGAAGUGACACAGGAAGUCGAAGAUCCGGGAAGUAAAGAAAACAGUCCUGAAGACGAUGAGGAUGAGGAGGAUGGCAACGACCUAUCAGAGGAAGAAGAAGUUGAAGACGAACUGGGAGAUGAAUUGGAGGACGAAGAAGAGGAGGAAGAGGAAGAUGAAGAUGAGGAAGAAGUUGUAGAAGAAGUGACAAACAAAUCAGAGGCGGAAGAAGGAAAGCCAGACAAUGCUAACCAAGAAGAAGAAAAAGCGGAAGAUAACCCACCCUCUAGUGACACUCCGCAUGAAGAACAGAAUCCAAGUGUGCCAUCCCCAGAACAAGGUGUCAAAAUAGUAAGUGAUAGCGGGGCCCAAGCGCUCCUCGCAAACAAGGAUAAAAAUGUUGUGGCGUUAAAAAAAGAAGCUGACAAAAUAAUAAAAAAUAUAAUUAGCACAAUUGACGGUGAUACGGAUGUCCUAGACACGCUGAAGGAUUUCGCAAAAGAUUUGAAUCAUUUAAUUCUGAACUGGUAA